UUUCAUUUUUUUCAAUGGUCGUCUCCUUUGCAAGGGACGACAAAAAGGAAAGUCUCAACUUUUGGAAGCGGAUGAUCAUCUGAAGAAUCUGAUCUAUCGUAGCAAAGUGCGGUGGUGACGGAUGACUGUCGCGGCCGGGAUUGGCUACGCGCUCGUGGCUCUGGGACCGUCUCUCUCUCUCUUCGUCUCCGUCAUCUCCAAGAAGCCUUUUUUGAUCCUCACUGUUCUUUCCAGCACACUGCUAUGGCUGGUGAGCUUGAUUAUCCUGUCUGGGCUAUGGAGGCCGUUUCUUCCUCUCAAGGCUAAUGUCUGGUGGCCGUAUGCUAUACUCAUUGUCAUGUCCGUUGGUUUCCAAGAAGGUCUUCGGCUUCUGUUCUGGAAGGUGUACAAGAGGCUUGAGGACGUCUUGGAUGCCUUUGCCGAUAGAAUCUCAAGGCCUCGUCUGUUUUUAACUGAUAAGAUGCAGAUUGCCCUAGCUGGUGGUUUAGGUCACGGUGUGGCUCAUGCUGUGUUCUUCUGCCUGAGUCUUUUGACACCGGCAUUCGGUCCAGCCACAUACUAUGUUGACAGAUGUCCACAGAUGCCAUUUUUUCUAAUAUCUGCAAUCAUUGCUCUUGCAUUUGUGACAAUCCACACAUUCUCGAUGGUGAUUGCAUUCGACGGGUAUGCAGAAGGGAGGAAAGUAGAUCAAGUAUUUGUUCCAGUGGUACACCUUGCUGCUGGAAUCUUGACGUUGGUGAAUUUCGCGCCGGGUGGCUGCGUAAUCGGGAUUCCUCUUCUCUACAUCGUGGCAUCCUUGACGUUGUUUUACUGCGGGAAAAUGGUCUGGAGAAGGCUGACAGAAAACCCGAGUCAGGGCGUUGUUUCACACUAACCCCUCCUGUCUCUGUCUCAGACCGCGGUCUCGGUUUCAGGUCCAUAGAUCGCUUCCUCUUAAACUCAUCGCUUGUGUCGGACUCGGAUUAUUCUGGAUAAUACCAUAGGAGUAUUUUCGAUAACCCAUGGGAAAAAAGGCGUUUUUAUAGUUGCAUAGUUCAGCAUACUUUCUCUUAAUUGCAUUGAGACAGGUUACAACACAUGAGAACAUAGCAUGUAAUCUAUUCUACCCUAUGAGUUUAUUGUUAACGAUGAGAAUAA